UACAAGCCAACAUCGAUGGCCACCACCAUCGCUUUGCUACUCGAUUCGCUCAGUAGUCUGAUGCGUUUAGCAGCGUUUGGAUUGAUUUAAUAAUUGAUUGUAUGUAUAGAUGCGACUGUUUCAAUGAAUUAGAAUAAACAUGCGGUGGCUGAUACGACUGUGUAUUCUCACAAUCUUGCUGUUGCAUAGUAUAGAGGCGAAUAGCGAUGAAGUGCCAUUAACCAAAAUUGGCGCAAAAACAGGACCGAUUUUAAGAUUCUCUUAUUGCUACUCGUGUGGCUACAGAAAAGCAUUUGAACAAUAUGUUAAUAUUCUUAAAGAAAAAUAUCCAGAACUGCAAGUCGAAGGAGAAAAUUUUGAUCCACCAGGUUAUAAUAUGUAUAUAGCAAAAGUAUUGGGGACAUUAAAAAUAGUAGUGCUGAUUUUAAUUGUAAGUGGAGUUAACAUUGGACUGCCGCUAAAUUUGACACCAAUAUGGCAGUGGUGCAUAAAUAAUCGCUUUUAUUCAUGUGUACUGAUUUUCUUCACUUGUAAUGCCAUAGAAGCACAAUUAAUUUCGUCAGGUGCAUUUGAAAUACAUUUUAAUGAUGUUCCUGUUUGGUCAAAGCUUGAAACUGGCAGGAUACCACAGCCACUUGAAUUAUUCCAAAUAAUCGAUUUUCACUUAGAUAUGCAGUUCUCAGAAAUGGAUGUAGGAAAAAUUAAGUUUCAAUAAUUAAAACAUACACAUGCAAUUUCAUUUUAUAUAUGUAAAAAUUCGAUAAAUUUAAUUCUAUAUCAGUCAGGAAGAAGUUGCUAAUGUGAUGAAAAUAUGUACAAUAUACUUGCUAAGUAUAAGAUCUUUACUGUACAUUUUAUUAUAGAAACAAUUCCAAUAAGAAGACUAUGAACC